AAUGAAUCUUUGGCUUGGUUUUGGUCUGUUGAAGUCGACCUCGGGGGUCCUGAUCAAUCGUGGAAUGAAGAAUGUGAGUUCCCGCUUGCAUUCCAUUGGCUGAGGGCAAAGGCACUACGGGAUCGAUGGAGGGAAGAAAUGCUAUUGGUCACAUUCGAGAUGGAUUGGACAUGUAAGUUCUUUUUGUGGAAAACAACCAUAUGGGGCGAGCACAUGCAGGAAUCAUUGGAGAAACGACUUCCGGGUCACGGAUGCUACGCCGGAAGGCAAUCCCACAUGUAUUCAUUGCUGGCACAGGAUGCGCAGGCAGCUUUUCAAGACCUACAAAACGUGUUGAUAGAGGCUGGAGAUGAAUGA